GUUUUCCUCCGUUGAGAACGUUAUUCUUGAAAACCCCUCACUCUCUUUCUUCCCUCUCAUACGUACAAACACCCGUACUAAAAAAACCCAACAGAAGUAAUAAUUUUUCUUGAAAAAAAUUGAUUAAUCAUGGCUCAAAACUGGGAUUGCAGAAUGUAUGAAGAGAAAUUUCCAGAAAUAGACACUACAGUAAUGAUCAAAAUUAAGAGCAUAAACUCUGAUACAUGCGCAUAUGUAUGGCUCCUAGAAUACAACAUGGAGGGAAUGCUUAGUUUCAGAGAACUUUCACAGCGGCGGAUCAGAAGUGUUGCUAGUCUUGUUCGGGUCGGGCGGGUUGAACCCGUCAAGGUUAUCGAUGUCGACCCGAGGAAGGGUUUUGUGAACUUGAGCAAGAAAAGGGUUUCUGAGGAGGAUAGGAAAGCAUGUGAAGAUAAGUACAAUAAGAGCAAGCAUGUGCAUUCAAUCAUGCAGUACGUGGCCGAAACUGAGAACGUCGAUCUUGAAGAUUUGUAUAUCCAUGUUGGAUGGCCCUUGUACAAAAAGUAUGGACAUGCUUUUGAGGCCUUCAAACUAAUUGUGAAUGAUCCUGAUUCGGUUCUUAAUCCCCUCACUCGCGAAGUUGAAGAAAUUAAUGUUGAUGGUGAGAAGGUGUCUAAGGUGGUUCCUGCUCUGACGGACAAAGUAAAGGAUACACUAGUAAAAAUUAUAAGGAAAAGAAUAACUUCACAAGUAUUAAAGAUUCGGGCUGAUAUUGAUAUGACAUGUUUUGAAUUUGAUGGUGUACUUCACAUCAAGGAAGCAAUGAGGAAAGCUGAAGCCGCUGGUACGGACGAAUGCCCUGUAAAAAUUAGACUAAUUGGUGCUCCCAAGUACGUCCUAUAUGCUCAAACAGUCGACAAGGCAAAAGGAAUAGAAAUUGUAAGUAAUGCAAUUGUUGCUUGUACGAAAGAAAUAGAGCGGCAUAAGGGUAAACUUGUUGUAAGAGAGACUCCAAGAGAAGUCAGAGAACAGGAGGAUAAACUAUCCACUGAAGAAAUACGGAGAUGGGGGAGGGCUCUACUGGGCUGUAGCCCAGUAUUGCCCAAACCCAUAUCCAAGAAAAUGGAAGGAAUGGUCCAUUAAAAAUAGAAA